CCACUACAAUGUCUGGUUUCUAUAUUCUCUGCUCUGGUUUGCUCUGCUCUCUGGAUCAGGCCACACACAUAUUUUUCCAUUGUGCUACUGAACAAAAACUGCAAAAGUACCGUUACACGCUUGAUACAACAACCACAAUAAUGACAUUGAAAUGGCGUCAGAAAUACAAAACCAGAAAAAGGCCAAAGAAACUGAAACAACAACAACAACAACAACGAACAACUGCAACAAACACUGCCGCAACAACAGCAACAACAACAAGAACACCAUUAUAUAAAGCAACAAAAAAUACAUUCAGACUGAGGGAGGUCAUGGAACAGUGGCGAGGUCACAGCAAAUGGCAGCCAAAUGAACGCCACAAAACUGUCACACAAAUGUUGCAAAUGCCAACAGCAACAACUGUAGCAACAACAACAACAAGGACAAGGACAGCAACACAAUGUCAUGCAAUUAAGGCUUCCUCAGCUUCCUCCACAUCAAACGCUGCCAAACCUGGCAAUUUGAAUGGCGGUGGCAACUCUGGUUGUUCCCUGUCCGAGUUUAAUUGCUCCAAUGGACGCUGCGUGCCGCUCAGCAAAUUCUGCAAUAACAACAACGAUUGCGGCGAUGGCAGCGACGAGCCGCGUUUCUGCACACGUUGUAAUCGCACCUACUAUGGAGACAUUGGACAGACUUACGCUCUGGAGCUGCAUCGACCCAAGCAGGAUCGUGUGCCGUUUGUGUGUGUGCUCACGUUUACGGCAGCUGGCGGACAGCACGGUGAUGUAGUGCAGGUCACAUUGGACAGCUUCACCAUUGGACGCUUUACGAGCUAUGUGCAUGAGGGUUGUCCCGAUGGUUUCAUGCAAAUUGCCGAAUCGGCACGCACACCCAUCGGUGGCAUGUGGUGUGGCAGCUCCUGGGGACCAGUUUUAUUCUACAGCGAGACGCGCUCCUUGAUAUUCACCAUCAAGCUGAACAGACUGGCAAGGGAUCAAAGCGGUUACAACUUCGACUUUCGCAUUAGGUACAAGGUGCUCUCAAAGGACAGUUCCGUAACACGCUAUGGCGGCAUUAAGCUGGCAGAGCUUAAUCAAUGGCACAAUCGCAGCAGCUUCCUCAACCAACAACAACAACAGCAGCAACUACAACAACAACAACAACAGCAAUCGGGUCAAGAGGAUUUUACCAAUUCAAGUGGCGCACGGUCGGAUCGUUAUGGCCAGGACUUUAGUCUGUUUAGCGCCUAUGCGAAUAAUAAAACUUUCAUGGACUCGCUGGAGAAGCCGCUUAUUAAGGACGAGCACAACUACACCGAACCCAAAUAUUACUUGGGUGACCUCAUACCGGGCACUUAUUGUUCGCGCAUCUUCAGCGAUUGUGACAAGAAGCCGUGUCGUCUCCAAUCUCCCAACUAUCCGGGCAUCUAUCCGCGCAAUCUCACCUGUUAUUAUGCGGUGCGACAGCACGACGUGCCCCAUGGCAAACAUGCGCUGAUACUGGUCAAACAGCCCAAGGGGAAUCUGGUUUGGAUUUCCACACAGGAAACGGCGAGCAGCAACAAAAUGUCGCCACCACCAUCCGCUGGGGAUAAGGAUAAGAAAUUUGAGCCAAGGCUGAAAACAUGGAAUGACUGCGAUUACAUUCAGGAAAAUGUAAAACCCAAAUGGAAAUCAACGGACUACGUGACCGUAUAUGAUGGCUACACCACACGUGACCCCAUCAUCUUGAAGUUCUGCGGAGGAGGGCAAGCGGUGCCCGCGGCUGUCUCCAGUGGACCGGAGCUGUUGGUUGAGUUCAGCACGUCACCGUUUGGCACCUUUACGGGCACCUCGUCACAGCUGCUGCCACUCUACGGCUUCCAAUUGGAGGUUGAGGUGCAAUUUGUGGAUAUACAGAGUCCUACGUACUCGAAGAACAAAAAACCCUGCGAGUUUUGGAUACGUGGUGCAGGUCGUGGCAUUUUGGAGAAUCCCAAGCAUUCGUUGGCGCCCAAUUCCACGUGUCUAUAUCAUCUGCAAGGCAUGGGCGUCUUCAAGACCUUCGAUCAUCUAAGUUUAUCCCGUCGCACCAACAGUCAGUCUGGAUUGCAUCAACCCUUGUCCCGUUUUAAAGUCUGGAUUUCUGUGUUGAAAUUCAAUUUGGAUCCGGAAUUCGGACAGAUCGAUGAAACAUCGGUGGGUGCUAUUGGUGUGUUGCAGACGAAGGAGGAUUGCAGCGGCAUGUUGCGCAUCUGGGAUGGCACACUGAGAGAUGCACCCGUCUGCAAGGAUCUCAACUGCAUCAGCGAGACGAGCAGUUACUCGGCUCUGGGACAUUAUGCCCACAACACGACGAAUGUCAUUGCUCGCUUCUGUCGCGGCACAAUUCCACGCACCUGCGACAGAUCCAACAUCAAUGAGACUUACGCUCGUCCCUGCACCAUCUCCGAGAGCUACGUGUCCAGCAGCGAUGCCAUCACUCUGGAGCUGCGCAACACCGAGUCCACAGUGCUCAGACCGCUGGAUUUUAAGCUAAAGUACGAGUUCAUUGAUCUGCACCAGGAUGGUUUGCCUCAGGGAGGCGGUGAUUUGGACUGUAAUCGCAAGUUUGUCAGCAGUUUGAUGGAUCGCAAGGAUCCCGCCAUUUUUCGCAGUGUGAGAAAUAUCUUUCUCUUUGGAAGAGGUGGCACGAGGCAUCUCAAGUGCGUCUAUCGCUUUGAGGCGUUGCGUGGAGAACGAGUUCGCAUCAAAUUGCGUAAGGUGACGACAUCGAAUCGUCCUUGUUAUGCGCGUCUGGAUGAGGACAUCAAUCGUUCCUUCUGCUACGGGGAUACCAAUGUGCGCGUGGAGAUCUUUGAGCGUCCUUAUCCGGAUUCUAUACUUCUACAUCGCGGCUGCAUUUGCAACUCCUCGAAUCAAACGCAUCUGCCUGUGGAAUACACCUCAACGGGCAGAGAUGUGGAAGUACAUUUCAUAGCACACAAUAUGACGACACUGGAUGAUCCCGAUACGGCCAAUUUUGAGGGCAUGUUUGAGUUUGUAAAGGCGCCAACGAGCUGCAAAGAUGGCAGACGCAAAUUUGGACCAAGUGGCACCAUAGACAUGACCUUUGGUGAUAUUGAAUGCCGCUCCAGACCUUGGUUGAUAGAACCCUCCAAUGGCAACAAGUUUCUCUAUGUGAGACUCAAGGCCAUCUUUCUGAGCAAGCAUAAUCCCAGAAAGACAUUGAAUUCCACACAUUUGCAGACCAACAGCUGGCGUUGCGAGACCAAAUCAAGAGCUGUGCUCACCACAUCCGAGGGUCUCACUAUUGUCGCCUGUCCCUUGAGUCCCGACUCGAAUGCUUAUGAAUUUGUGGAGAUCUUUAGCUCCGGCUGGAAUGAACGUCCCAAUUUUGCGCUCAUCAAUCGCUCCAAGGCCAUCAGCGUGGAGUUUCUGCGUCCCAGCAAUGGUGAAUAUACCUUUAAUUGGAUGGAGCUGGUGCCGCGGCCAACACUUAGCAUAGCAGAGGAUUGCCAGUUCAAGUGCGCGGAACUGGGCGCCUGUGUGAAUGCGAGCAUCUGGUGCGAUGGCAUCCGUCACUGUCCCUCUGGCGAUGAUGAGGCCUUCCUGCAGUGCUCCGCUCUGAUGAAACUGCCCGCCGAAAUACUUGCCACACUCUGUCUCAUCUUUGUGCUCUCGUGUUGUGCUUUUGCCGCCUUUGCUUACAAGAAAAUUAAACGUAAACUACGCGGUUCUUCAGUAUUGCAGACGCGUCUUAAGUCCCUAAGUUCCAUGGAUACGGCUGUGUUGGAUGAAAAGGAGAGAGCGCGUAGUGUCGUCGUCGUUGAGACCAAGGCCUAAGGCUAAAUGGGGAGCAACAACAGACACAGAAACAACAGGAGAGACAACUGAGAUCAGGGAUCGAUCAGGGACUCCGAAUACGGAAGAGACAAAAAGCAAGAGCCAGAGCGAGAGGCAAUGACAACAGUGACAAAUAUUAUUGCGAUAUUUCAAUAUUUCAUUUACCAAAAAA